CUCGCCUCCCAUCUCUCUUUCUCUCUCCUAUCCUAUCUCAUGUUUUUGUCUUAAUAUAAAGACAUUUAACUCAAUUCUUAAUCCAAAGUCACAAGUCUCAUCUCUCUCUAUCCAUCUAUCUCUCUUUGGUUUUGUUUUCAUAUCUCUUCUUGUGAGCACAAAACCAAAAUAUGGCUAUUGUUGCUGCCACCGUUGAUGAUUCUUUCAAGAGACCAGGAACCGUACCUUUCAGCUGGGAGGUCCGACCCGGUGUACCCAAGACCCGAGUUUCUCAACCCGGAACCGGAAACGGGAACACUCCUCUCCUUCAGCCUCCCAAGAAACUCUCUCCUCUCCGUUUAAAACCACUCUAUCACUCGCAGCCGCUUCUCCCGCCGGCGCUAUCUCCGCCGUCGUCUUCUUUCAUCUCAAGCUCCAAGAGCCGCUCUCUAUCUCCCCUCGCUCCUUCCUUUCCAACUCCGUCGAAGCUCAAACCGCCGCCGCCGUCGUCUCACUCCGGACUCUACUCUCCGGCGCCUUCUUUCCGUUCAACCCCGCGCGCUUUCUCCGAGCGGUGGCAGCCCAACCGCCACGACCGGGUCAGACCCGGAUCCGAGUCCGAACCCAGACCCGACUUUGCUUUCGCCGGGCUCGGGUGUUUCCCGACGCCGAAGUUUAGGUUGAGGAAGAGCAAGACCGGUGGUGGCCGCCGGAGAAAAACCGGGUCGAGGUCGGACCGUGAGUACUGCUCCGAUAUGGAGACGAUGUCGCCGUGGACCGUUUCUUCUAGAUGGGACUCGCCGAAGUCGUCGUUCUCUUCGCUCCGGUUCUCGCCGAGACUCGCCAGCGAAGCUGAAUGGGUCGGGUUUGGGCUCUUUUAAACCCAUUUUAUUUAAAUGGGCCGAGAUUGUGCUCUUUUAGCCAUCCGAUCCCGAACCAACAAGAAGCCUGUAUCGCUCAAAUCAAAUUAAACUCAAUGAUUGGGCUAGAAUGUAAUCUUUUUAAAUUUUGGGUCCUAUAUAUCUAAUGCCAAUAGAGUUUUUUUCUUUUUAUCUCUGUAGUAUUUUGAAGUUUUGAGUGUGUGGAAGAAAGAAUGCAAGUUUUUUUUACAGCUAAAUGAGAAUGCAAAAUGUUGAAGUGAAAAGAGGUUGGUCCUAUUUUAAUUUUUUUUUAGUAAAUGAUUACUUCUGAUGACAUACACAAGGGUAUUAGUGUAUUAUAUAUAUAUA